AUGGCCGGCCAAAACCCUAAACAACCCACAACUCAGUAUCAGCACCAUGUUGCCGCCUUGGCCUUCCCUUUCGGAACCCAUGCAGGCCCUCUCCUAAGCCUCGUUCUUCGGCUCGCUGCCGCUGCACCCGACACAAUCUUCUCCUUCAUUACUACUUCUAAAGCCAACAGCUCCCUCUUCUCGCCCACCUCCAAGGCCUCGUCCUUCCUCAAUGUGAAAGCUUAUGAUGUCUCAGAUGGGAUGCCGGAGGGUUUCGUGCCCUCCGGCCACCCCGAGCAGCUUAUUGGCUUCUUUCUCAAAGCUGCCCUAGCCAACUUUAGGAUCACGAUGAAGGAAGCUGAGGCGAGCUCCGGGCUGAAGAUAGGGUGUCUGGUGACUGAUGCUUUCUUUUGGUUUGCCGGAGAUAUGGCGGAGGAGAUGAAGCUUCCCUGGGUACCACUUUGGACGGCUGGAUCUCGUUCGCUUCUUGUUCAUACCGCCACAGACUUAAUACGACAAAGGGUACUUGGAACCGGUGGUAAAACCCUCGAGUUCCUUCCUGGAUUUUCCAAACUUGAGGUCGGUGAUUUACCUGAGGGAGUGGUAUCAGGGAAUUUAGAGUCACCAAUAUCAUCCCUGUUACACAAAAUGGGACAAGAGCUGCCAAAGGCGGCAGCAGUUGCAAUUAACUCAUUUGAAGAAGCAGAGCCGGACGUUGUGAACGAGCUCAAAUCAAGAUUCAAGAAGUUUCUCAACAUUGGACCAUUCAAUCUAACAUCGCCGCCGCCGCCGUUGCUCAAGGAUGAGAGCGGUUGCUUGGAGUGGUUGGACAAGCAGAAGCCUGCAUCUGUGGUAUAUAUUAGCUUUGGAAGUGUGGUGAGACCGCCACCUAAUGAGCUAGCAGCAUUUGCAGAAGCUUUGGUUGAAAGUGACUUCCCAUUUAUUUGGUCAUUUAGGGGCAACCCAGAUGAGGUAUUGUGCAGUGCGGCUGAUAAGAGUAGACUAAAUGGAAAAAUAGUUUCAUGGGCUCCACAGGUACAAAUUUUAGAGCAUACUGCCAUUGGAGUUUUUGUGACACACUGCGGGUGGAACUCGAUUCUGGAGAGUAUAGCUGGUGGUGUGCCUAUGAUAGGCCGGCCAUUCUUCGGGGACCAAAACCUGAACAUGAAGACAAUGGAGGCUGUUUGGGGGAUUGGUGUGGGAAUUGAGGGAGGGAUCCUUACAAAACAAGGAGCAAUUAAGGCCUUCGAACUCAUUUUGAGGGGUAAAGCAGGGAAUGAAAUGAGAGAAAAAAUAAAAGUUCUUAAGAGUCUAGCUCGAUCUGCUGUGGAAGGUGAAGGUAGCUCUUCCAAAGCUUUUAAUACCUUGGUGGAUAUAGUCACCAAGCGUCCAAGCAUGUAAAAGUUUGAUAAAUAUUCUCGUUCUCCACUUUUAUUUUUGAGAUUUGUCAAUGGAGCAAUUUUUUAGUUAUUCUUUGGCAUCAUAAUUCGGGGCAUCAAAAGCUUGUGGGUUGGAUGGG